CUUGACUUGUAAUAUCUAAAUAUCCUCCAACUCUCUCGAAGCGCAUAGUUACCAUCCAGUCUUGCUGGCAAUACGCCGUCCGUUCGAGAGCGAGGAAGCAGCAUGGCUACUCAUGCUAAUGAGGGCUCCAGCCAACCUCGAGAACCUAAGAAGCUCGUACUGUGCUUCGAUGGCACCGGCAAUGCGUACACCGGGUCAAAUUCUGAUACCAACGUGGUCAAGAUCUUGAACAAGCUGGAUCGUCAAGACCCUCAACAGUAUCAUUAUUAUCAGAGUGAGUUUUUCUUUGCUCUUCUCAUAUUUUUGUUGCUUACGAAGAAACUAGCCGGCAUCGGUACCUAUGAUAUCGAUGAGAAAUCUGUCAAUAAGACCUUGUUUGGUCAGUUAAAGAGUUCUAUUUCUCAGACCAUCGACCAGGGAAUUGGCACGACGUUCGACGCUCACGUCAUGGCUGGAUAUCGAUUUUUGAUGCGAUACUAUGACCGUGGGGACAAGAUCUACAUGUUUGGAUUUAGUCGUGGCGCAUUCACGGCGAAGUUCCUAGCACGCAUGGUCAAUACCGUAGGACUGCUCUGCAAGGGGAAUGAGGAAAUGGUAUCCUUCGCAUACCGCCUCUACCAGCGCUAUUUAGCCGGAGAGACUGAUAAUUUCAAUCUUGCGCACCCCAAGCAUGGCAAGAAGGAUAAGAAAGAUAAGAAGGAAAAGAAGAAGAAUAAGAUUGCCAAGGCCAGUACAGGCACAGACAUAGGUGAGGCGGAGCCGGUGCUCAACAAUCAAGAUGAAGAGCAUCAUGAUGACCAUGAUGAUCACGACGAACACCACGGCCAUAAGUACAAGCGAGCACGGGAUGAGGUUACCGCUUUCAGCAAUACCUUUUGCCGGAAGGAGAGAAUAGAGCUGCCAUGCGGGAAGACUGAAGAGGUUAACAUUAAGGUGUAUUUCCUCGGCAUCUGGGACUGCGUGAACUCGGUCGCAAUCUUGGAGAGCAAGGCGCCUAUGCCAGUGCCAGUAAAAGGCACUGCACAUUACGUCCGACACGCCGUCGCAGUCGAUGAGCGCCGUGUCAAAUUCAAGGCCGCACUCCUCGCACAGGACAUCCGGGACACAAGCCAUGGCCACGAGGAUAUUAAAGAGGUCUGGUUCCCGGGCUGCCACGGCGACGUUGGUGGUGGUUGGCCAGCCUCAGCAGAACACCCUCUUGAUAAUGGCCAAAAAAUGACCAUCUGGGAGCGUAUCAAGAAUUUCUGGACGACGCGAAAAUCCAAGGAUCCUAGCGCGGACAUUAAGUCUGAUCCCUUCCAGAUGAGCGAUAUUCCCUUAGCCUGGAUGAUUCGUGAAGUCGAACUUGUAGGCCAAAUAGACACGUCGGCGGCAGUCAAGUGGAGUGAUAGUGUGAAAGGAUUCAAGAAGCGCUUUAACAAAAAAAAGGAGCAGGCAUUGAAGGGAUAUAUGCACGACUCGCUCCUUUUUGGCCACGGAACAGGAUUUUUCACCGUACUGCUCUGGAAAUUUAUGGAAUGGCUUCCGAUCAUCACACGUUGGGAGCUUAAUCACAAACGCAACGAGUGGGAGAAUAUCCGCUUCCCACUCAACGCGGGUUCCACGCGUGAUAUCCCACAAGACGCUGUCCUACACGAAUCGCUGGUCUGGCGUUUGAGCAACAAUGCUACCUACCAGCCAAGGAACAAUCAUGGCGAUAGGCUACCACCGUGCCUAAAGCAUCAAGAUCGUCUUGGCAAUUUUGAGCCUGUAUUUGAGAUCGACGGAGGAGAGAUGAAUCCAGAUCACAAAACUUAUAGGUUUGCGAAUCAGGCUGCUAGCAACCCUGCUCCGACAUCGAGCAGCCCUGAAGCAGUGCAAGAAGCCGAAAAUGGAUCCAACUCACAAAAGUGAGAUGAAGUUUUUUUUGUGUGAAAUGUAACGUAGGUAGCUAAUAGGUAAGUAUGGAUGUGAUGGGAUGAGCUACGGAUGGGUGUGGAAAGAUAUGAACCGGUUGAUUUUCGGUGUGUAGCUGUAGCAGUUACUAGUAGCAGUAAUAGCAAAAGUUCAAUGUUGUGUGGGAGAC